GUCCAAUGCAAGCGUUCGUAAAUCCAACUCCCUCCUACUGUUUCAAUGUACGGGAAUGUUUGGUGGCUCGGAUAUUGUCUCAAUCAUAUUUUCAGUGGGAAACGCCUAGCUGUUGAUGGGCUCUAGGGUUUGUAACAGCUGAUUUAAGGCGACUGCGCAGAGCUGAAGAGCCGCAGCAGCAACCAGCCACCAUGGUCAAGACAAGAACACCUCAGCUCACUGUCAAGAGGUGAAUUAUGCUGUCAACGUGAGGACAUUUUUUGUAAACGCAAACUGUAUGAUCAAGCUGGACUAUCUGGGACGACUUUCAGCUCCUGGCCUGAAAGGCAGUUGCGUUGCGCGUGAUAGCCAAACAUUAAUCAACCGAGAACACUUGUAUUCUUGUUUUGUUCGGAGAAAACCCCACAUGAUGAAAUUCAAGCCCAAUCAGACAAGGACCUAUGACGGAGAGGGAUUCAAAAAACGGGCAGCGUGUCUUUGUUUUAAGAACGACCGGGAGGACGAGGUCUUGCUUGUUAGCAGCAGUCGGCAUCCAGAUCAGUGGAUCGUUCCCGGAGGAGGGAUGGAGCCGGAAGAGGAGCCUGGCGGAGCUGCGGUUCGAGAGGUCUAUGAGGAGGCUGGUGUAAGGGGCACUCUUGGCAGGCUGCUCGGGGUGUUUGAGCAGAACCAGGACAGCAAGCAUCGGACCUAUGUGUAUGUGCUUACUGUAACAGAGACACUAGAAGACUGGGAGGACUCGGUCAGUAUUGGUCGGAAGCGAAAAUGGUUCAAAAUUGAUGAGGCGAUCCAGGUGCUGCAGUGCCAUAAACCUGUCCAUGCGGAGUAUCUUCACAAGCUCAGUCCUCGCUGCAGCCCCACAAACGGCAACUCUCAGGAGCCAGUAAGCACAGAUGAUAAUGCCCCCCUCCACCAAACAGCCUCACAGGACUGUGGACUGGCCCGUUUACAAAGAUAGAACUGCCAACAGAGGGAACCAAUGCAGAAUAUGCUUUACGAGGAAAACUAUCCUUGGACUGGAAAGGACAAUUUUGCAUGUAUAAUGUUUUAAUGAUUACUAUUUGAAAACCUUUUUUUUUUUUUUUUUUUUUUUAUGUAGAAACCAAAGGCUGGCUGUGAAAUGCCUAAAACUUUCAGGUCAAUAAGAAAGAGAGCUAUUUUCCUCAUGUUUCAUUGGUAAACAAUCAUUUCAAGCCAAACAAGAUGAAGUUAUUUGAAGGAGUUUAAGUCGCAGAUUAAAGGAUAUGGUAGCUAUGGUGGACGUUUUGGAAAUAUUAUUUGACAGAAGGCUUGGGAGGAGGAAGACUGUAAUGAUGGAUGUGUACAAUUAUAAUGGCAAGUUUUGCAGUGGAUAAAGAAUUUGGACAUUGUUUAGAAAGUAUGAUUGUGGUGAAUCUUUCGAAAUGCUGACUAUUUAUAUCUAAUAGAUAACUAGGCGUAUCUGUUAGGUAUUUGCUAUAAAAAAAUACAAUUAAAAAAAAUAUGUGCAACUUGAUAAAGAACAAAUAGGAAAAAAAGAUCUCAUUUACUUGAGAUAUGUCGAAAUCAUGGAUUAUAUUGUUUGUAAAUGGUUCUAAAAGAGGAUUUUGGAUGCUGUUAAUUUAUAUAGAUGCCUUCAUCCCAAAUGAAUAUAGGGUUAACAUGCUGUGAAAUUUGCAAGUCUUUUCACAGUUUGGUCUUAAAUGUGAACAUGCCACAUUAAACAGUGCAAUCUGGUUACCCCCAUUUCUCUUUGCACUGAAAGGUUACAUUUGCCCACCAAAAUUGCAGUUUAUAUAGUCUGUAAAGUGAUAUUCUAAAUAUUUUAUAAAAUGAAUAGGCAAAACUCCCAAUGUUUUUUUUCUAUGUUUUAUUUAAAUGGCAACAGAAAUGCAAUUGUAUAUAUAAUUUAUGAGAAGAUUUUAUACUACUAGAAUGCAAUCUUGAGGUUGUAAUCUUAGCAAAAAUAGCUGGAGGAAUUUUAAAAGUAGACAUUCGUUUUACUCUGUUUUGUAGUCAGUGAAUAGUAUAUGGAAUUCACUGAACCACAAUGGGAUAUGAUGCCAAACUUUUAAUAUGACUGUGUAUGGUAAAUAAGCAUAUCUUUCCUCAGAGGAAAGACUGCAUGUCAGGUUGUAAAUAUGUUUUAAUAUUCAUAAAUUUCAGCUUCUAAGUAGUAGUUUAUUAAGUAUUAUGAGUUUCACAAGUUUUUUUAUUGACAAAGUUAAAGGAUUGCACUGCUAUGAAAAGCAAGCACCUCAAUAAAACACACUGUUUAAUAUGUGAAAGAUUAGUGUGUUAAAAAUUUUCCUAUUGUGAUUUGAAAGAAAUAACAAAAAUGCUUAUUUCUGUCCACUGACAAAAUCUAAAGAACUAUUUCUUUUGGAAUAAACUCCUCACUGUUUCAAAUUCA